CUUUUUUGACGUCAUCAGUGUGCGCGAGUGGCGGUUCCCGGGCAGGUUGUGGAGCAACAAGCCAGCUGGGACUGACCACGGAAGGUCGGGAUGGGGGAGGCGGCCGUGGCGGCGGGACCCUGUCCACUCCGCGAGGACAGCUUCACACGGUUUUCGUCGCAGAGUAACGUGUACGGGCUGGCAGGAGGAGCAGACGGACGAGGGGAGUUGCUAGCCGCCACACUUAAAGGCAAAGUGCUCGGCUUCCGCUACCAAGACCUCCGACAGAAAAUCAGGCCUGUGGCCAAAGAACUGCAAUUCAACUACAUCCCCGUGGAUGCUGAGAUCGUCUCCAUCGACACUUUCAACAAGUCACCCCCAAAGCGAGGGCUGGUUGUGGGCAUCACAUUUAUAAAGGACUCAGGAGACAAGGGCAGUCCUUUUCUUAACAUUUACUGUGACUAUGAACCUGGCUCGGAAUACAACCUGGACUCCAUUGCAGAGAGCUGCCUGAAUUUGGAACUCCAGUUCACCCCUUUCCAGCUGUGCCACGCAGAAGUCCAGGUUGGGAGCCAACUGGAGACUGUCUUUCUCCUGAGCGGGAAUGACCCAGCCAUCCAUCUCUACAAGGAGAAUGAGGAGCUACACCAGUUUGAGGAGCAGCCCGUGGAAAACCUCUUCCCAGAGCUCACGAACCUGACCAUGCUCCUGGGAAGCAGAGAUUGGGCUGGAGCUCUGGGCUGUCUACCUGUCUGUCCCCCCAUCCAUCAUCCUCUCGCCAGUGUCCUGUGGCUCGAUGUCCACAACCUGCCUGGCUCGUCUCGGCGGCUCACGGCUCUGGGCUGCCAGAGUGGCUAUGUGCGUGUGGCUCACGUGGACCAGAAGAAUCAAGAGAUUUUGCAGACAUGGACAAUCCUGCAGGAUGGGCCCAUCUCCCGUGUGAUCGUGUUCCGCCUCCCCAGUUCCGAUGCAACCGAGGACAGCGCACAGCAGGAAGGAUACAGUCUGCUUGUUGCCAGCAUGUUGGAGCCAGCUGUGGUGUACUGGGACCUUCUGAACCAGGGCCUGGAAGACCAACUUCUCCUGCCCAGCAGUGACCAGUUUGACAGUGUCCUCUGUGGCCUGGUCACUGACGUGGACCUAGAUGGACAACCAGAAGUCCUGGUGGCCACCUAUGGACAGGAGCUGCUAUGCUACAAGUACCAUGGGCUGCCUGAGGCCAGCAGAGGCUUCCGCCUGCUCUGGCGAAGGACCUUUGCCAGCCCCCUGCUGGCCAUGGCCCAUGUGGACCUGACUGGGGAUGGACUGCGGGAGCUGGCCGUGGUAUCCCUGAAAGGGGUACAUAUCCUCCAGUACAGCCUGAUCCAGGCCUCUGAGCUGGUCUUGACCCGGCUUCGUCGUCAAGUGGAGCAGAGGAAACAUCAGCAGGGCCUUGGAGACAAAGUGGCUCCCAGGCCUAAGGAGCCCGUAGCCUCCUGAGCACUCCCCCUUCUUGGGCCUGGGCAUCUGAUGUCUGUUACUGAUGCAGGGGAAGCAUCUCAGAAAAGGACUGCUUCCCUGAGACUGCCCCGGGGCAUGCUGGGAGUCCCUGAGCCACUCUGCUGUGUGUGUAACCCUAGCUGAUUACCCCUCUCUGAGCUAUUUGUAGAGGGACGUUCUCAGCAACCCCUGCAUUCCCAUCAGGAUUUGGUUCCCUAGUGACUGUUCAUACAUGCAGAGCAACAAA